AAUGUGAAUUUUUCCAUGGAAAAGCUGGGGAAUUACAUCCUGCUGGUUCUGGGGAGGGAAACGUGGAUUUCCUGGGAUUCCUGCUGCUUUUGCUGGUGUGAGCCCAGGAGCUCUGAGCUCAGCCUCUCUCCCCUGCAGGCAGACACCUCCCACCCCCUGACCAAGCACAGGAAAAUCGCCUCUUCCUUCCGGGAUUCCUCUUUAUUUGAUAUUUUCACCCUGUCCUGCAGUUUACUGAAACAGGCUUCUGGGAAGAACCUGAACCUGAACGAUGAGAGCCAGCACGGGCUGCUGAUGCAGCUGCUCAAGCUCACCCACAACUGCCUGAAUUUCGAUUUCAUCGGCACCUCCACGGACGAGUCCUCGGAUGAUCUUUGCACUGUGCAGAUCCCAACCAGUUGGAGAUCAGCAUUCUUGGAUUCUUCGACCCUUCAGUUGUUUUUUGAUCUUUAUCAUUCCAUCCCUCCUUCAUUUUCUCCUCUGGUUUUAUCCUGCUUGGUGCAGAUCGCCUCCGUGCGCCGCUCGCUCUUCAACAACGCCGAGAGGGCAAAGUUCUUAUCUCACCUGGUGGAUGGAGUGAAACGGAUACUGGAAAACCCCCAGAGUUUGUCAGACCCCAACAAUUACCACGAGUUCUGCCGGCUGCUGGCCCGGUUGAAAAGCAAUUACCAACUGGGAGAACUGGUGAAGGUGGAGAACUACCCCGAGGUGAUCCGGCUCAUCGCCAACUUCACCGUCACCAGCCUGCAGCACUGGGAAUUUGCUCCCAACAGUGUGCUCUGAAAUUCCUGGUUAAUUUGGCAAUCAAUGGAAGGUGCAAUGAGCUGGGAAAACCAAACCAAACCACAACUGUGCAAAUUCCAACGCCCCAGGCAGUAAAACCAGGGAGCUGCUGCUGCUCCUGGGUCUUCCCUUCUGCAUUUUCCGUGUUGUUUUUGCAGGGAUGGCCUGGAGGACCCUCUGGAGGACACGGGGCUGGUGCAGCAGCAGCUGGACCAGCUGUCCACCAUCGGGCGCUGCGAGUACGAGAAGACGUGCGCGCUGCUGGUGCAGCUCUUCGACCAGGCUGCCCAGUCCUACCAGGAGCUGCUGCAGAGCGCCAGCGCCAGCCCCAUGGACCUGGCCGUGCAGGAAGGGCGGCUGACGUGGCUGGUGUACAUCAUCGGCGCCGUCAUCGGCGGCCGCGUGUCCUUCGCCAGCACGGACGAGCAGGACGCCAUGGACGGCGAGCUGGUCUGCAGGGUGCUGCAGCUGAUGAACCUGACGGACUCGCGCCUGGCGCAGGCGGGCAAUGAGAAGCUGGAGUUGGCCAUGCUGAGCUUCUUCGAGCAGUUCCGCAAGAUCUACAUCGGGGACCAGGUGCAGAAAUCCUCCAAGCUUUACCGGAGGCUCUCGGAGGUGCUGGGGCUGAACGACGAGACGAUGGUGCUGAGCGUGUUCAUCGGGAAAAUCAUCACCAACCUGAAGUACUGGGGCCGCUGUGAGCCGAUCACCUCCAAGACCCUGCAGCUGCUCAACGACCUCUCCAUUGGAUAUCCUUUUGGGAAGAGCUCCCAAAUCCUUGGGAAAAGUCAUCCAGAAGUUCUGCUGGAAUGGGAGCUGGCCCACAUUCCUGGUUUUCCCCCAGAUUUUUGGGAAUGAGGGGAGAGGAGGGCGGGAUGAGGCUCGUGGGAUGUUGAUUUUUGGUUAUUUUGGGUCAGAAUGCCUUUGGAGUUGAGCUUCCACAGGCAGAUUGCAGUCUGUCCUCUGGUUUUCCAGGAAUUCCACAAGUUCCAGGAAUUCCAGAGGUUUCAGUAAUUCCACAAGUUCCAGAAAUUCCAGGGUUUUUUCCCCCCACACCAAGAUUUGCACAGUUUGGGUUAUCCUUGGAACAAACAAAAGAGAAUUCCCAAUUUAUUGAGAACCAGAGAGAAUUCCCAAUUUCCUGAGUAAUCCAGGCACAAUCCCAUUUUUCCAGCCUGGCUCUGGAAGUUUUUCCCAGGAAUUCCAGAAUUUCCAGGAAUUCCAGAGGUUCCAGACCCUGAGUUUUUCACAAGGGCGUCUCUCCAAGCCGAGGUUUGCACAAUUUGAGUUAUCCUUGGAACAAACAUGAAAUUCCUAAUUUCCUGAAUAUUCCAGACAAUUCCCAACUUCCUGAAUAAUCCAGGCAAUUCCCAAUUCCCUGAGUAGUCCAGGCCUGGUCCUGGGAGUGUUUCCCAGGAAUUCCAGAAUUUCCAGGAAUUCCAGAGGUUCCAGACCCUGAGUUUUUCCCAAGGAUGUCUCCCCAAGACGAGAUUUGCACAACUUGGAUUAUCCUUGGAACAAACAUGAAAUUCCCAACUUCCUGAGUAAUCCAGUCCCAAUCCCAUUUUUCCAGCCUGGCCCUGGAAAUGUUUUCCCAGAAUUUCCAGGAAUUCCAGAGUUUCCAUACCCUGAUUUUCUCCCCAGAGCUCACCGAGGCUCUCCCCAAGCCGAGAUUUGC